CACGUACGUUGUAUAUGGAUGAGCAACAAGGAUAACCGGUCAAGCAUCACGUGUGUCUUCAUAUGGCACGCUCGCGGAAGUCAAAUUACACGCACGCAUCCAUCCGUCACCCACAGUCAGUCAUCGGUCCGGUCCGCCAAUCAUUACUCACGGCUGUACAAAGCUUCCAAUCACUGCGUCGCGCAGAGAGACUACCGACGCCCUCCAGUUGGGCAGGCGGGCAAGCAAAGAGUUGACCCCCAAUCCGUCAGUCAGUCAGUAGUCCGUCGUCGGUCAGUGCUUCUUGCCCGACGUCUUGCGGGGCUUGCUCGACUGCCCAGCCACACUGCGGCCCUCGUCCGUGAAGGCAUCAUCUGCAUACCAACACACCACAGCGGCCAAGAUCAGCAUCACCACUGCCUUGCUUGCGUGUGUGAGUGCGGUGUGUGGUGUGUGGUGGGUUCUUUCGUUUGCUGACCUUGGACGUUGGCGUGUUGCGGCGGCAUCAGGCCGUUGAUCUGUGUGUUGUCCAUGGCCAUCUGUGUGUGCAAGUGCUGCAUCUGCUCGAGGCUCACGACGGGCGACGAGAGGGAAGAGCGCGAGAACCAGCGGUCCUGGUCCUUGACGGGCUCGGCGUUGUCAGCUCGUCGUGCGUUCUUCUUGUUGAUGGCCGUGUUGUAUCCGUCCCACCCCUUGAGGAUGUUGCCGAAGGUGGCGGUCUCGUUGAGGUAGUCGGACUCGAAGUCGUAGAUCUUCUGCUCUAUCUGGCUGAGGCUCUCCUUGAGCUCCUCACGCGCCUUCUUGAUCUCCUUCAGUGUGCUCGACUCUACACGCAUCGCCAAGCCACAAACGAGCAGGGGGGCACAACGAGUGCACUGCUGGGAUAGUAACUGGCUCAAAUAACGGAGAUUCAGUUUUUG